AUGCUCGUCGUCCCUUCACCUCACCAUCCAUCACCUCCUGUUACUCUCUCUGUUUCUCCAUCCACCUUCACCAUCCAUCAUUUUCCGUUCAACCACCAUAAACCCCUCCGGACUUCACAACAUCAACCGCUCAUCAUCAUCCUCUGUUCAUCCUCGAAUACUCCCUCAGCUCGCAUCAUAAUCCCUCCGUCUCCGCCACUUCCUUCAUCACCAUCAUCGACUGUCAACAACAACAUCAUCACCGAGACCACACUGACAUUCCCUCUGUUCAACUUCCGUCGCAGCAACUUUAGCAUCUCUAUUCCGUUAAUAUCGACUUUGAGUGAAUGUGUAGUUUCGAUGAAGGUGAUGUUGAUGCCCUGUUUACUCGUGUGUAAAUCUAAGCGAGAAACUAUCGGGGUAGCAUGGUUGCUUUUUCUUGUUGCGUUGAAUUUGAACAAGAAGGUGUCAGAACAUCAUCACGUUCCCACUUGUGUUGGAUCUAAGUUGGUUUAG